AUGGAUGGAUAACUAAAGCAGUAGUUUGAAAACUGUUUAGAUUCUGAUAAAACACUAUCAUUUAGCUUUAAUGGAAAUUUUUUAGCUGCAGCAGGUUCAUAUGAUGAAAUAAUAAGAAUUUGGAUAGUUAAUAAAUAUAAUUCGAACUUAAAUGCCUCAAAAUAAAAAAGAAACCUUUUUUUAUAAGACAUAAUGGUAAUGGAGUCAAAAUUUGAAAUUUUUAUUUAACUUCUCUGA